AUGCAACAUGUGUCUCUCCGACUUCUCUUCCUCCUCCUCCUCCUCCUCCUCCAUCUCCAUCCUCUGACCUCAGAUGACCUGGAGGAAGUGCCAGUGGAGGUGAUUGUUGACAGUACUCCAUGCAGCGUCACCUGUGGGCUGGGUGUGAAAAGUCAUACUCUGUGUUUCCUGAAAGAUGGCAAGACAGCGAUGGAAGAAGAUGAGAAGCGCAAAGAUGGAACAAAGGUGUCAGAGAAGUGUCGUGUGCGUAAGGUGAAGUGUCGAGAGUCGUGGCAGUGUGGACUCAGGACGAGCACUGUGACCUCGGGACAGAGAGUGGAGCUCGACUGUCUGGGAGAAGUCAUGGAGGCGAUGGGGAGGUUCUCCUGGAGGGUGUCGUGGCGUUACGCCCGAGGAAUAAUCAGUUCGGAUGAUACUUUGUUUGCUCGCUGGGAGGCUCCUGAGCUGGACCGCUUGGUUCUGGAUCCUGUCAGCGAGGAGGAUGCAGGUACGUAUCGCUGCGAAGUGCAGGAUGCCGCCUUCCGCAGGGUGAAGAGGGUUUACUGGGGGAUCCGUGUUUUGCCCGACAGGAUUCUCAAUCUGGACUAUGAAAGCUCUCUGGCCCAGUGGGAGUCGGCUGGAAUCCAGGAGAACCAGACCCUAUCAGACCAGGACGACCACAGGACAGCUUUUCUUCACAUUGCACUGAUCAGUCUGAGCCUUGCAGGCCUUGGGACUGGACUGAUCCUGCUGGGCCUCCAUCAGACAGUGAAGAGGAGGAGCAAAGAAUUUACCCAAUGA